CUGGAAAAAUAUCGGUGGUAGAUGUUUGCAUCAACGAUUCUCCACCUCUAUUGUUUAUACUAUUGUUAUUAGUCAAAUAAAUAAAAUGACGUCUAUUGCCGGAGGCCACGGCGAGCCGAACCCUAACAGCUCCUGGUUGAGUGCCCGCGGGUUUUGGCUGACCUACCUUUUGGGCCUCCUGCUGGUGCACCUGCUCUUUUUAUCAGUGCCGUUCGUCAGCAUUGCAUGGGCAUGGACGGCCACCAACCUGCUCCACAAUGCGGCUCAUCUGUACUUCCUACACGUCAUCAAAGGGGCUCCUUGGCUGAGCACGGAGAACGAUCCAAGCCGGCGGUGGACGCACUGGGAACAGAUUGACGACGGCGUGCAAAUGACCACCACCCGCAAGUUCCUCACAGCCGUUCCCAUUGUCCUUUUCUUACUUACAUGCUUGUACACCAGGAACAACACAGAACACUUUAUAGCCAAUUUCAUAUCACUUGUGGUGGUAACGCUUCCAAAAUUGCCCCAGUUCCAUGGUGUGAGAUUGUUCAACAUCAACAAGUAUUAGGACGAGUGUCAUAUAUUCGAAAAAUAUUUGUUGAAUUCCUGCCUUUUUGGGAUAGGGGCACUUUUGUACUUGAUAUGUAAAUCGUGUAAAUAUUCGUAUAUAAAUAAAUGUACAUAAACAUUGGUUACAGUA